GAUAUAUGAUCGAACAAUUGAACGUUGAAAAAAAAAUCGAAUUUCAUAUAUGACUCAAUAUCGGAAAUAGGAAAUACAAUAUGAAAACAACGACAAUAAUGCCAUCUUGUGUUGAAACAAUGAAAACCAAUAAUUUUGGUCAAUCUGUAAACAACGUUAUGCGAAAUAAAAAUAUUAAUUUAUUUUUCCUAUUUUACAGCAUUUUAGGUGUUUCAUUAUAUGGAUAUGAACAAUCAAAAAAAUCUCGGAUACUUUUAUUGUUCUUUAUUUGUACAACAAUAUGGAGAAUAUUUUUCAUUAUUAUUACAUCAUUUAUAAUGUAUUUAUUUAGUGAUAAUUUUGUUGAUUUUUAUUCAAUAUUCGUACAAUCAAUCAAAACACAACCAUUAAUGAAAUUUUCAUUUAUUUGGUCAUGGCGUUUUUUAAAUUUAAGCAAUAUUGUAUUGAUCAUUUUAUUUACGUUUAAUGGGAAUGUUAUUCUAAAAUGUUUCAAUAAUUUCAUACUUAUCAAAUAUCUUAAUAAUCAUACAAAAAUGAUGAAAAUUUUCAUUUUUCGUUUAUUCGGUUUUAUUUUCCUAUUAUUAUUCGUUAUUGCUAUAUUCUUUCAAAAUUCUAAUGAUUUUACUUACUUACAAGUUAUUGUUUGUUAUCAAAUAUAUUUCGGUUAUACUUAUAUGAUAUUCUUUUAUGAUCUUAAUUUGUUAAUGUUUUUACUUUCGAAAAAAAUUUUAAUCAAAUUGAAACAAAAACUUGAUAAAAUUAAUGAUAAUAAUUUAGCUAAAAAUGAUACAUUUGAAUUGAUCAACGAUAUAAAAGCAUUAGGUUAUAAUCUUUAUGAAUUCAAUCGAAUAUCAUCACCGGGUUUGUUUUUAAUUCUUAUCACAACUGUCUUUUCCUAUUUAAAUAACAUUGUAGUGUUUAUUAGUAGAACAGAAAUUCAUGGCCAUCGAAUGAUAUAUUUUCAUUUUUUUAUGAAUAUUUUACGUUCAAUUAGUAUUUGUAUUUUAUCAUGGACAUCACAAUAUAUACUUAAACAAUUUGAUGAUAUUUAUUUUUGUUUAUUAGAUAAAUCGAUCAAUACAUUACGUAAUAAUUAUUCAAAAUAUCAAAAAUAUUCAAAAGCAAUUACAAUAUCAAAUUCAUUACAAAUAUAUGAAUUAAUUAUUAUUCGUCAUUAUUAUAAGUCUUAUUAUUUUUAUGAAAUUUUACCAAUGUGUCUUGAAUCAUUAGGUUUUAUUUUUAUAUUUAUUUUUCAAUAUAUAAUUAUAUUUAUUGAAACAACA